CUUUCUCGUGUAUAACCGAGACCAGAUUCAUUACAAUGCCUCCUAAGCCGGAUGCUGACAAUCCGACAUCGACGUCUCAAAAUGAAACUAUAAAUAAACCUACUGGUCAGGCUACAUUUGCCUUACCACAGCCCAUCUAUAAUUCAGAUCCACAAUCAACACGAUUUGAUGAACUUGGGCCUCGAUUGAGAGCUCUUGCCGAUGAAUUUGCAAUAAUGGAGCGUAAUCUCGGAAAGCUCAAAGAAGUAGGAACAUCAUUUGAUGGCUUUAAUCGAUCCUUUGGAGCAUUCAUAUUUGGUUUAUCUACAAUUGGUGGUACAGUUGACUGGCCACAAGCACCUGUCAAAGAAUCAUUUGAAAACCACAGUCAUCUCCAAAGACCCUUUGUGUCAGACCUUUCAGCAGUACAUAACACAACUAUAGAAGAUAUUCAGCCUAGUGAUAAAUCACCGGCACAAGAAAAAACAAAAGACACUAUUAAACGUAUUACAAAACGAAACUCCAAAGAAACACCAUCAAGACCAAUUAUUAGAACUGGACCUAGAACAUCAAAUAAAUCUACCGGAAAUCCAGCAAGCAAGAUAUCAGUCGCUCAAUCGAAUAGAUUUACCCGAAAGCUCAAUACGAAAAAGAUCAUCGAACAACUACCAAUUGAAUUCCGUGAUAAAAAGGAACGCUUUGACCAAACAAAAUUAAUUCUUGAAUCCCUCAUGUCUCGCCCGGAUGGAGCAUUGCUUGAUGAUAUUGUCAAGUCUACUGAACUUCCAAAAUACGCCGUUACUGUGUGUCUGAAUGCUUUAGUUCAUAGGAAACAUGUGGCAAAACUGACUCAAAAGGGACAAUACAGUAUCUUCAAGAUGGAUCCUGUUAGAUACCCUACUACUGAGAUCAAUCCUCAGCGAUGA